GUGACUCACUCUCACCAAGCGGUGAAGAUGAAUGUCUUCAAGAGUAGUAUUUUGGCUUUAGCUAAGAAUUUCAGAAAGUGUUCGAACAGGAUAAUUUCUUAUAAAAUUGGGGACACUGCAGAGCUGACAAAGACAUUCACCAAAGAGGACGUGUCGGUUUUUGCUCAAAUAACUGGAGACUCGAACCCAAUUCACCAAGAUGAAGAUUUCGCGAAGUCGAGUUUAUUUGGACGACCCAUAGUGCAUGGGGUAUUGGUUAAUGGUUUGAUAUCUGCUGUUCUUGGCACCAAACUCCCUGGUCCAGGCACAGCAGUUUUAUCACAAGAAUUGAAGUUUCUAUCCCCUUUAUACAUUGGGGAGCCUGUCACAGCUAGGAUAGAAAUCUCUAAGAUGAAUCGCCGUUUGGUACAGUGUCAGGCAAUUUGUUUCGUACCUGCUAGGGAUAAGAUAAUUCUCACUGGCACUGUGAAACUCUUGGCUCCAAGUGGUUUGGACCUUAACUCACAUGAGACCAGUUGAAAUGACAUUUGAUGGUUGGUGACACAGGCAAGUUUUCAUCAAGAUGAUCCACGGCAAGAUGUCCACUUUGUGGUGUAGAGCUGGCGAAACUUCUGGACUGAUCAAAUAUGGCGUCCCUGCCCCUGGACC